GGUGAACACAACACAAACAGAAGUAGAGACCUGAAGAAGACAUGAAGACAAUAAACCUGUGCAUUCUUGCCUCCAUGGCAAUUGCAGCGCAUUGCCUUCCAAUAUUAGCCCCUCCUGGCACAGAGCAAGAUGAAGAUGUGGCAGAGAUGUACCUGAAGAGGUUCUACAACCUGACUGAGCAGAGGGGACGCGUUUUCCACCGCGGUGUCAGUCCACUGGGUGAAAAGCUGAGUGAGAUGCAGAGCUUCUUUAGACUCAAGGUGACUGGGAUUCUGGACUCAGACACCUUGGAGAUGAUGAAGAAGCCAAGGUGUGGGGUUCCUGAUGUUUCCCAGUAUACCACCUUCCCUGGGAACCUCAAAUGGCCAACCAACAAGCUGACCUACAGGAUUGAGAACUACACUCCUGACAUGUCUGUGUCUGAGGUGGACUCUGUCAUUGAGAAAGCCCUGCAGGUGUGGGCCAGGGUCACACCACUGCGCUUCACCCGCAUCUACAGUGGCACAGCAGACAUCAUGGUCUCCUUCGGCACCAGAGAACAUGGGGAUUAUUAUCCUUUUGAUGGACCAGAUGGUACUUUGGCUCAUGCUUUUCCACCUGCCGCCGGCAUCGGGGGCGACGCUCAUUUUGAUGAUGACGAAACAUUCACCUUCCGGUCAUUAAACGGGUACAACUUGUUCUUGGUGGCUGCCCAUGAGUUUGGACACUCCAUGGGACUGUCCCACUCCAAUGACCCGGGUGCCCUGAUGUAUCCUGUCUACAGCUACAGAGACCCCAACAGCUUCUCCCUGCCCCGAGAUGAUGUCAAUGGAAUACAGUUUCUCUAUGGCAAAAACCCCGAUGUGAACCCUGGAGGCCCUGACCCUGAGCCCCCUACGACCCCUGAUGCUUGCGACCCAAAGCUGGUCUUGGAUGCCGUUACAACUCUGCGUGGAGAAAUUAUGUUCUUCAAGGGAAGGUUCUUCUGGAGGAGUUACCCUCAGGGCAGGGAGGCUGUGCAAAGCCUUAUCAAAAGCUUCUGGCCUGAACUUCCUGACAACCUCGACGCCGCUUAUGAGAGCCAAAGCACUGACAGGGUGUACCUGUUCAAAGAUAGACAAGUCUGGGCCCUCGCUGGCUAUGAUCUUGUGAGGGGCUAUCCCAAAAGCAUUAGCAGCAUGGGUCUGCCAAACACCGUGAAGAAAAUUACCGCUGCCCUAUAUGAAGAACACUCUGGCAAGACUUUGCUCUUUGUUGACAACUACUACUACAGUUAUGAUGAGGCCAGACAGGCAAUGGACAGUGGAUUCCCCAAACUGGUGGAGGACGGGUUUCCAGGCAUGAGCGGGAAAGUCACAGCUGCUUUUCAGUACAGAGGAUAUUCCUACCUCUACAGUGGAUCAAAUAUGCAUGAAUUCAGCCCCACAAGCAGAAGACUGUACCGUGUGCUGAAUAACAACUAUUUCUUACGUUGUUAAAACAUAUUAUGCAUUAGCUUAUUGUACUAGUUAGCAGCUAGAUGAGAUCUCUAGUUGUUAAAUGAGGUGAGAGUGAAAACCUACAGUACGGUAGAUCACCAGGAACAGGGUUGGCAGCCCUGGUCUAAGUGUAUGUUCAUAUUUCGCUGCAAUGUUCUAUUUUACUAAUUUGUUACAGAUAUCUUGUGCCUAUUUUAUAAAUGUAGUCCAGCGAUGUCCAAUUUCAUAUGUUACUUUUCUAAUAUUUUUAUUUCAUAUGAGAUUAAAAUGUAAAUUUUC